AUGGCCACGGGGGCGUGUCCCCUGGCCUCUUCAGCACGACUGCAGCCGGGAGACAAGUUCUUGUGUCUGAUUUGCAGAUAUGUUGACGACGUGAUUAGCCGUAUCGACAGAAUGUUUCCUGAAAUGUCCAUUCACUUAUCCCGGCCAAAUGGGACCUCUGCAAUGUUGAUGGUGACCUUGGGGAAAGUGUUAAAAGUCAUUGUGGUGAUGCGGAGCCUUUUCAUUGACCGAACCAUUGUCAAGGGGUAUCAUGAAAACGUCUACACAGAAGAUGGCAAGCUUGACAUUUGGUCGAAAUCCAACUAUCAAGUAUUCCAGAAGGUAACGGAUCAUGCCACUACCGCCCUUCUGCAUUAUCAGUUGCCCCAGAUGCCCGAUGUGGUGGUCAGGUCCUUUAUGACCUGGUUAAGGAGUUACAUAAAGCUGUUCCAGGCUCCAUGCCAGCGCUGUGGAAAGUUUCUACAGGACGGUCUGCCACCCACCUGGCGGGAUUUUCGGACGCUGGAGGCUUUCCACGACACAUGUCGACAGUAGGCUGCCCUGGAGGCUGAUGGGAGUGCACGGAGGGAGCAGAUGUGAAGAUGGGUCACCGCUCACCAGUCAGGCGGCAGGCGCCUUGGCUGCCUUGCUGAGCAUCGGCGAUUACGUUGCCUCCUUUCCCAGCAUCAGUCACAAAAGAGCCCUGGAUCGUGGGCCGCUCCGGAAGGCUCCGUGGUGCUGAUCUAGUUCAGCCGAGCACAGGAAGGCAGAAAGCGCAGAGUGGGAAGGUUAAGGCCCUCGACGAUCUUCGGAAACCGUGGACUUCCAGAGCAGAAGUUGUCCUUUGGGAUCAACCUUCGUCUUCAUUGACCGUAAAUAUCAGAUGCUCUUCAAGAGGAUGUACAGUACAGCUUUUGCCAGCGUUUUAUUUUUGUAAAAUACGAAUAAAAAUCAACGUUCAACUCA